AUCUCAUGUCUCCAUAUAUGAGCAGAGUAUUGGUGGAUGCCUAGCCCUUAAGAAUGCACGCCAAAGCAAGCAUGGAUUCUCCAAGCAUGAUUUGAUCGCUUUAUGCCCAUCCUCAUAGAAUGUUGCGGCUAGUCUUGACGUUGUUCCGGAACGUGGGCCGUCGUGACGCAUUGACAAUGCAACUCAAUUGACGAGUGCAGGGCAGCGGAAUGGCGCGUACUAGGUGCGGUAGUGAAGUUCAGACUGACUGCAUCGCAGAUCAAGUAUCCAGCCGUGAGCAGUAAUGUGGACCAGAUUCUUCCAAAGUGACAUCCUCACACUUGCACUCAGAACAGACUACUGGUGCUUCUUACGAGCAGGAAACGAACAUGCAAGCGCUUGGAGACGACGCAAAUGACACUCAUUUCGGCUCUGGGGUCUGAUGGUUCCCCAUCUUGCCAAUAUCCACGACCCUGGUCUCCACCUUGGCAGGACUUCACGUUUGCUAUGGGCGUCUGGAACGAUCCGGAAAAAAAACAGACGCUUCGGAUCUCGCAUAACCAUUGGGUGGUAUGAAUAAUUCAAUGGCUCCACUUGGACUGACCCAGUCUCCCACAGACACCUUUGUCGGUACUUCAAGAGACUCCUCGCCCGAUACGAGGACAGAAAAAGAGCCAUACGUCGUCCGAUCGAGGGACUUUGGCUUCAUUCCCAUUCCAAAAAGACUGCAAUACCACCCCAACAAGCCGUUCAAAUUUGGUCUCGUCAUCAAUAUUUUGUUUGGUGUAGCAAGCACAUUCACUGUUGCAAAUCUAUACUACUGUCAGCCUUUACUGAUUCAAUUGUCUGAAUCCUUCCAUGUCACGUACGAAGAAGUGUCUUUAAUACCGACGCUCAUCCAGGCAGGAUAUGCCGUGGGCCUCGUUCUCAUCACGCCCCUUGGCGACAUCGUCAGACGGCGUCCACUCGUCCUCGCCCUCGUCCUCAUCUCGUCCUCCCUCACCAUCGGAUGCGCAAUAACAUCCAACCUCCGCCUCUUCGAAGCCCUAGGCUUCCUCAUCGGCUUCGUCAGCAUCGUCCCGCAGAUCCUCAUCCCCCUCGCCGCCGACCUCGCGCCCCCCGAACGGCGCGGCUCCGCGCUCGCCAUCGUGCUCGCCGGACUCAUGCUCGGCAUCCUGGUCGCGCGGGUCCUCGCGGGCGUCAUCGGGAACUUCACCUCGUGGCGCGUCGUGUACCUCCUCGCCAUCGGCGUGCAGUCCGUCGUGCUCGCGGGCGCGUACGCUGUUCUGCCCGACUACCCUGCGAAGAACACGGGCCUCGCGUACUGGCGCAUUCUGUGGACGAUGGCGACGUACGCGGUGACGGAGCCGGUGCUGAUCCAGGCGUCGCUUGUGAAUGUUGCGUCGAGCGCGUGUUUUAAUGCGUUUUGGGUCACGUUGACGUUUUUGCUGGGUGGUGCACCCUACAGCUAUUCCACGCUUGUCAUCGGGCUCUUUGGCCUCCUCGGGAUGCUAGGCGUGGUGGCGACACCGCUAUGCGGACGCCUCGUCGACCGCCUCGUGCCCUGGUCGUCCGCGCUCUUGGCCACCGCUGGCAUGCUCGUGUUUGCCGCCGUCCAGACCGCUGGUGGCGGGAUCAACGUCUCGGCCGUCAUCAUUGCCACGUUUGGGUUCGAUGUAUUUCGCCAGCUGCAGCAGGUUUCACUCUCUACGACUGUUAUGAAUAUCUCUAGCGAGGCCCGCUCUCGCAUGAAUGCAGUGAACAUCUUCGCGAUAUUCAUCGGCCAAGUAAUGGGCACAGCGGUCGGCACAACCGUGUUCGUCAGCUACGGCUGGCGUGCACUGGGAGUCCUGCUCGUCGGGCUUUGCGGGUUCCAGAUUGCGACACUGCUCAUUCGCGGACCGCAGUGCGCGCGGUAUACGUGGUUCGGGUACGAGGGCGGGCUUAAACCGCGCAAGGACCCAGGUAAGAGCGGAUCAGAGGAUGAAAAAUCGAAUGUAGAGGCUAGGCUGGGUGUAUAACGCUUUCGUGGUACCGGUGACGACCAUGCCGGGUGGAUUCCAUCUGGCUACGUCUGCGUCUAUGUAGAACAUUUGUAGGUGGGUCGUCCGUCGUAUUGGACAUUACCAAUGUCACUGGUUUCCGUUUGGACUCUCUGAGCCUACAUGCAAGACCCGCCCCCAUACUGUAAUUCAGUUACUUAGAGCUACUGUACCUAUCCUCUAUAACAAGACACGACGUCGCGUAAACGCUCCGUCCCCACGCUGUACAGGUGUAGUCACACGUCGUCGAAGUAUUU